CUGAGCAAAUCGAGCAAAUCGAGCAUCUCGCGACGGCCCACGCCGCGACGCGCCUUCAGUGCGCGACAGACGCGCGAACGGUGCACACACGCUAACCGCAACCACUGCCUCCGCUCCCCGAACGCGCGAUCACGCGUAAACAUAACUAACAACAAAAACAAACAAAACAAUCCAUCCAUCCAACAAAAUAACCUAAAACUUUAAAAAAUGUGACCACGUUUCAAAUAAAUUCAGUGCGCGUUAAAAAUGAUAUGAUUCCAAUAUUAACAAGACAACAUCUCAAACACUUUACAAACUCUUCAGAUAAUCUACAAUGUGAACCAGUGAAUAAAAUGUGCACCGGGUCGAGGCGCGCGACGAUGAUGAUAUGAUUUCGUCGGCGCUCGCGACCACGACUCUCCUCACCUUCACCACCGCCACCUCGGCGUCAACCAUCAACGCCACCGAUUUAUACCCGUUGUAUUUCAACAAUCUCACCACCAGCAACAAUGUCAACAUCAAUAGUAAUGGCGGUGGUGGUAACACCAGCAUCUUUGAGAAUAUUUCCACCAGUGGGCAGUUGGGUGCAAUGCCACCUAAUGGCAGCUACAAUCCGGUCUUUCCCAGUUACAUUCGCACCACCUCGAUGGUCUUCUGCAUACUCAUCAUGUGUCUGGGCGUCGUGGGUAACGUGAUGGUGCCGAUUGUCAUCUUCAAGACCAAGGACAUGCGCAACAGCACGAAUAUCUUCUUGGUUAAUCUCAGCGUUGCUGAUUUAAUGGUCCUGUUGGUUUGUACGCCUACUGUAUUGGUUGAGGUGAAUUCCAGACCGGAAGUAUGGGUGCUCGGUGAAGAAAUGUGUAAAGCAGUCCCAUUCGUUGAGCUGACAGUUGCGCACGCAUCAGUGUUAACCAUCUUGGCCAUCAGUUUCGAGCGCUACUACGCCAUUUGUAUGCCAUUGAAAGCCGGCUAUAUCUGCACCAAAACGCGCGCAUCUUUGAUCUGCCUGCUGGCGUGGUUCGUCGCUGCUGUUUUCACAAGUCCGAUCCUGGGCAUCGCCGAGUACCACCAUGCUGAGUACUUCGACGGCAGCCGCGUGCCCACGUGCCACACGCGCGCAAACACCUUCUGGCCGGCGGCGUACUUCCUCGGCAGCUGCGUGCUCUUCUUCCUGCUGCCGUUCAUCGUCCUCAUCGUCCUUUACCUGAUCAUCGCGCGCAACCUCAUCUCGCACGCCGCCAACGUGGUGCUCAACAAGCACCUGGACAGUUACUCGAUUCGCGCACGCAAACAGGUUAUCCUCAUGUUGGGCACCGUUGUGCUCUCCUUCUUCCUCUGCCUCAUUCCAUUUCGUGUCUUUACCAUCUGGAUCAUCAUCGUGCCCGAAGAGAAGUUCUACGCGCUUGGCGUGGAGAAAUACUAUAAUAUUUUAUACUUUUGCCGGAUAAUGGUUUAUAUUAACUCUGCGAUUAAUCCGAUUUUAUACAAUCUGAUGAGUUCGAAGUUCCGCACGGGGUUUUUAAUUUGUUCGGCCUGGAGGCGGCGUAGGCAUGGGUUUAAACUCAAACGGGCGGCGCGUAAUGGUACUUUUAGUACAACGGCGAAUUCGAGACGUGAUAGUUUGCUGCGGGCGGCGACUGUCAAAAGCACUGACAGCGCACGUGAUCAUUUGACAAGUGACAACGUCAAUUCUGACAGUUCUGCUAAGUUAGGCAACCAACAACGCACACAGUCGGUGCUAUUCAAACAAAUGCCGUCUACUUCUAUUGAAGAAACAGGGUCUGAUGCGAGUGGACUGGACGGGAAGAAACGCUUUUGCAUUUUACAUAAAAAUGUCAUAACUGCCGCGCAUCGUAAAGGCCGCAGUAAGUUUAAAAUAAACAAUGAAAAUUUAGAGAAUAUUUCGUUGAAAGAAAAUCGAUUUUUGCGAAAAACACAAAAAAGUGAAGAAAGUUUUGUUUAAAAUUACUUUAGAUUGCAAAUUGCACACCGAACAAAGUUUAAAAUAGAAUUAACAGGAGUGGAAGUACUUGAUCCUUGUGACUAAGUUUCCUGGAUUUCAAGGACAAAGGUGUUACCGUUACAAGUCUGCAUUAUCCUUUUAGGACUAUCGAUCUCACGUUUUCGGUGCGUUUGUCUUUCGCUGUCUUCAAAUCUUAGCGAGGCGUUAAGCUGUCAUCCUGUCUUUUCCGGGAAUUAUUAUUGAAAAUUCAAAAAUUAUUACUCAAACAGAAAUUGGACCCAAAAUCAUGACUUUUGUUGACUUUCUUCAACUUUCGAAGAUUUUUAUAAAACUUUUUCUUUUAAAAUUAAUCGUUUCGGUCAAAUAGGAAAAUUAUUCACUUGCCUCCAGCGCUUUGAAACUCCCACGAUCAAAACUUUCAACUAAAGCUCCUGCAAAGGUCCUUUUGAGGUCCUUCCGGUCUGGACCCACAUGCGGUACGCCACCAGCUUUGUUAUGACACUCUUCAUCAUUUGACAACGAUUUACUCCUUGAAAUCACAUUCUCCCAUCCUUUUUUUUGCUCCCACGGCUGCCGAGAAGGACAAGGACACACCUUACACACCUAGGACGACUGCGGACACACAAGGACACAUUGGGGAGACACAUUCAUGAGGUUCGGCAAGGUUUCGCAUGCAAAGUGCGUUAAUAUCCGUGCGUCACGCGCUUUUUACCUGCGCAGGAUAAGGAUUUCCAGGAUAGCAUGGAUUUCAGUACUCAUGAUGAUUUAUCACCAACUCGUGCGCUACAUUUCAAUUUCUUCAACCACAGAAUCAAAAUUUGCAAUCGCUGCGGCUAUAAAUAUAAAUGUAGUUCGGGGAGUCCUUAAAAUCAAGGACAUGCAAAAGAAAUAAAAUUAUUUACGCCAUAAAAUGUGACAACUGCCAAAGAUGACUAGAUAUAUUAAUGUUACUUAUUUCUAUUAUGACUUAACGCGUUGGGUACUUAGGUAUUAAUAUUUAAUUAUUCGUAGGUUGUCGGCCAUUUUGAAUAACAAACACUUAAUGAUUUACUUGUUAAUAAUACGACAAAUAGUGAUAUUUGCUGAUACAUGACAAUGUACGCGUUGCAUUUGCAUUUUAUUCAUCGUUCAUUUAUUUAUAAAUUAUUUAUAAACAUAAUUCAUUCAUUCAUACAACUGUAUUGUGUGUGUUAACGUAGGCAACUCAUUAUGCACUCACUACAUUCGUUUUCAUCAACAUCAACAGAAACAUAUUAAAUACUAAUUAAUAAACUUAUAAUACAUGUUUACCGAAUAUAUACAAUACAUAAAUAAACAAUACUAUACAAUACGUAUGUAGAACUUAUCUGUAUUUGUAAUAAACAUGCUUGUAGACAUGUAGCGCCAUCUAGAUGCAACUCGCCACACUUCAGUGUUUAUCUAUUUGUCUUUAGAUUGCACCGCAUUGUGUUUAGAUACACGUAGACAAUUUUAAACACACACGGUGGUGUUGUGAGACGAAAUGUUUGGUUAUGUUGCAGCCCGAUAUUGGCCAUCACCCAGUUCAGCUACGAAGAGUAUUUCGACGCUACCAUGGUUCCAGUUUGCUUCAGCCUAGCAGAGACCUU